GCGCCGGAAAUAAGGGUACAGUUUCAAAACACUCGCGCCACUGACAGGACAGGCGUCAUUGUAGUCAACAAAUUACGAGUGAACUACAAUAAACCACUAUAAGUACUCCAAAAUUAAUCGCUUAUGUAGAAUUUGGAUGAAUUUAUAUACAACAUUCCUUUAUCGUACUGGAGUCUUGAUCGGGAGACAUGCAGUCAUCUAACAAAUCAACAAGUGGCCAAACUGCUGAUGACCCUCACAACCCCUCGACCAGCACUUCGUCGCGAUACGCUUUGAUAGAUUUCAUGGAUGUCGGCGGCACAGUGACCAUAUCCCAAGAAAUUGCUGAUCUAACAGAAGAUAGAGGGCAGGAGCUGGAGGCAGAGGAGAGUGUUCAGAUCGGAUCAAUUCAAGGCUCAGUUGUUGGUCUGCGUUACUACACUGGAACGGUCAAUAAAGGAGAGAUGGUGUCUUUGGUGAGAGAGCCGCAGAAUCCCUAUGACCGAAAUGCAGUGAUGGUUGCCAAUGUGUAUGGCAGUCAGGUGGGGCACAUCAAGAAAGAGCUGGCAGCCCCAAUGGCCUACAUUAUGGACAACAACUUGGCAAGGGUGGAAGGGGUUGUGCCCUUUGGGAAAACUAAUACAUACACAAUGCCUGUGAACCUCACGUUCUGGGGCAAAGAGGAGCAGCGCGAGGCUGUACAUAAUCAGAUGAGACGCUAUGGUUUCAGACUUGGCUCUGACUUGAAAGGAGGUGCUGCCCAAACAUCUUUGGGUCCAAGAGAUCCGCUUGGAUUGUCCUCAAAAAUAUCUGCCAUUCCUUUGACUGUAGAGGAGCUGAAAAAUGCCUUUGACAAGCUCUUUGAUGAUUUGAUGGAGGAUAAAACCAGAGAAAUGGAGCCAGCAGAGGCAGUGUUCACUCCUCUACUCCCACAUCAAAAGCAAGCGCUCUCAUGGAUGACCUCUCGUGAAAACAGCAACGAUCUGCCUCCGUUCUGGGAGGAGAAGAAUGGCCUUUACUUUAACGUUCUCACUAACUUUGCUGUGAAGGAAAGGCCUGAGAAAGUGCUUGGUGGGAUUUUGGCUGAUGACAUGGGGCUGGGCAAAACCCUCACCACCAUUGCCUUGAUAGUCUCAAAUUUUCACAAUGGGAAACCCCUGCCACUGGAACAACGUGAAGGACCAUCUUCUUCUACUACCAGAAAGAAAGCAGCCUCAAAAGAGAAAAGUGGAGACCCUAAAGAGCCUGGGGAACCAGUGGGGUUGUCUCCAUUGAAAAGACAGCAUGCUAUCAGUGCCACUGCUGACACCAUUGAUGAAGAUGCACCUCAGAAGAAAGCAAAAACCACUAAGAAAACUGCUAAAAAGUCUGCCAACACCAAGAAAGGAGCGGUUCUGCUAGAUGAUGUGGACUUCGCUGCCGCUCUGGAGUGCACUUCCUCACAGGCUGUGCCAGCAAAAAAAAGUGCGAAGAAGAGUUCUGGGACUGGUAAGGGCCCAUCUGGAGCCGGUGGGGGGUCAGGGGCCAGAGCCACUUUGAUUUUAUGUCCCCUGUCUGUCCUUAGCAAUUGGCUGGACCAGUUUGAGCAACAUAUUCGAGCUGAUGUCACACUAAACGUGUACCUGUACUACGGUCCUGAGCGCAGCCGAUCCGUCAGCCUUCUGUCUGGGCAAGAUGUGGUUCUCACAACAUAUAAUGUGCUUUCAUCAGAUUUUGGGAAUAAAGCCAGCAGUCCUCUGCACAAAGUGAAUUGGUUGAGGGUGGUGCUGGAUGAAGGUCAUGUCAUCAGAAACCCUAGUGCUCUUCAAAGCAAAGCUGUGCUAGGGCUCCAGUCAGAGCGCAGGUGGAUCCUGUCUGGAACUCCCAUUCAGAACUCCCUGAAGGAUCUGUACAUGCUACUGUCCUUUUUGAAGCUGAAGCCUUUUGACGUGAAGGAGUGGUGGAACAGAAUCAUUCAGAGACCCGUGACCAUGGGCGACAGAUUUGGACUAAAGAACUUGCAAGCGCUGGUGAAGGGCAUCACAUUGAGGCGCACCAAGAACAGUAAAGUGGCUGGGCACCCGCUGGUGCAGUUACCCGCACGGAGAGUGUUUGUGCAGCAUGUGACUCUCUCUGAGGAGGAGAGGGAGGAGUAUGAACAGGUCAAGAGGGAGGGCAAGAACAUCGUUGGCAGGUAUUUCCAAGAAGGAACGGUCAUGACGAACUAUGCUGACGUGCUGGCCAUCCUGGUCCGUCUGAGGCAGUGCUGCUGUCACCCCAGUCUUGUGGGCAAAUACACAGUGGCAGGUGAUCUUGGGAGCCCCGUUGAGCUGCGGGAGCGUCUCAUCAAUAAGAUCACAUUGGUGCUGAACUCUGGCUCGGACGAAGAAUGCGCCAUCUGUCUAGACUCCCUGCGUCAGCCUGUCAUCACCUACUGCGCUCAUGUGUUCUGCAGGCCCUGCAUCUGUGAGGUCAUCCGCUCAGAGAAGGAACAGGCCAAAUGUCCCCUGUGUCGUGCUCAGAUCAAGACUAAAGAACUCGUGGAGUACCCCGGAGAGGAAGUAGAGGCUCGAUCAGCAACUGAGGAGAAUUGGCAAUCAAGUUCCAAAGUUGAUGCUUUGAUGAGCAACCUCUUGAAGCUUCGCAAUGAAGACCCUACUGUGAAGAGUCUUGUGGUCUCUCAGUUUACCAGGUUUCUGGAUGUUAUAGAGCGUCCCUUGAGAGAAUAUGGAUUCUCUUUCACUCGCCUGGAUGGCUCAAUGAAUCAGAAGACCCGAGCAAAGGCCAUUCAGGACUUUCAAGACUCCUCUCCAGGAAGCCCCACCAUCAUGUUACUGUCACUCAAAGCUGGAGGAGUUGGGCUUAAUCUAACUGCUGCUUCCCAAGUGUUUCUGAUGGAUCCUGCCUGGAAUCCUGCAGCAGAAGAUCAGUGUGUUGACAGAUGUCACAGAUUGGGCCAGAGUAGAGAUGUGGUGGUCACUAAGUUUAUUGUGAAAGACUCUGUGGAGGAGAACAUGGUGAAGAUUCAGAAGAAGAAGCAGGAGCUUGUGGAGAAAGCUUUCGGCGCGAAACACACACAGAACCUAAAACAGGCACGGAUAGAUGAGAUCCGAACCCUCAUGGAGAUUUAGUUUUUCCAAGCUAAAUUGCAUUGUAUCUGUUAAUUUACUUUAAAGACAGCACUUUUUUUUGCUCUAUUGCAAAUUGUUCAGAAAGGUUGUUUCCUUCAAAUUCAUAUUAUCUACACAAUGUCUGUAGGAUUGUUCUAACAGUUUUCAUUGCAAUAAACACUUAAAACCCUU